AUGCAACCUCCCCUGUCUGUCGUUCAAUUGCUCACCCGGAUUCUCUACGCAGGGAUCACCGAAGUCCAGAUCAUUCAGUGGUAUGUCGAGGAAGGCGCUCACAUAGAAGAGUGGAAGCCACUGUGCCAGUAUCAGUCUGAUAAAGCAGUCGAUGAUAUAACUUCGAGAUACGAAGGAGUAGUCAAGAAGCUCCACUUUCAAGCAGAUGACACUGUUCCCACAGGAAUGGCACUUUGUGACAUAGAAGUUGAAGACGGCAAAUACCCAGAUGACCACACGCCCACUGAACCCAAACCCGAGCAAGUGCGGCCAGCUCCCGUUACUGCAGAUACUCUCCCUGUACAGCCAACAGCAUCGGCUCCGCUGCCCUCUUCGCAAGUGAAUGAGACGGCUGUUGAAACCCCAAGGUCAAAGUAUGCCUCUCUCGCUACCCCAGCAGUCCGUGGGCUGCUGAAGACUUACAACGUUGAUAUUCUUGAUGUCAAAGGGACGGGGAAGGAUGGUCGUGUCCUCAAAGAAGAUGUCAAUAAAUUUGUUGCCAUGCGCGACGCACCAGCGCAAACGCAAACGCAUCCUGUGGCACCUGCCAGUCAGCAGACAGAAACCACGGUCAACUUGACACCGAUUCAAUCUCAAAUGUUCAAGACCAUGACCCGCUCUCUCACUAUCCCGCACUUCCUCUAUGCUGAUGAGCUCAAGAUCAAUGAUAUUACAGCUUUGAGGAAGAGGCUGGCAUCUGACCCCAAAGAUCCCAAAAAGGUCACCUUCCUCUCGUUUGUCAUCAAGGCUGUGUCCCUUGCUUUGAACGAAUAUCCGCUUCUUAACGCUAAGGUGGACUUGAGCAAUCCUGAAAAGCCCAAACUGAUUAUGCGGCCGAAACAUAACAUCGGAGUCGCUCUGGAUACUCCACAGGGCUUGAUCGUCCCGAACAUCAAAGAUGUCGCAAACCGGACAAUCAUGGAAAUAGCAGCAGAAAUCAGGCGGCUAAGUGCACUGGGCAAAGAGGGUAAACUCACACCCGCUGACCUCAGUGGUGGCACGAUCACUGUCUCAAACAUUGGUAACAUCGGCGGCACCUACGUUGGCCCGGUGAUUGUACCAACUGAGGUGGCUAUUCUGGGGGUGGGAAAAUCAAGAACAGUGCCAGUCUUUGAUGAUGCUGGUCAGGUCACGAAGGGCGAGCUAGUGAAUUUCAGUUGGAGUGCAGACCAUAGAGUUGUGGAUGGGGCAACUAUGGCAAGAAUGGCCACCAAAGUUCGCGAGUUUAUCGAGUCGCCAGAGCUGAUGCUUUUGAAUUUGAAAUAG